AUGGAAGAUGCGCACGCUGCCGUCCUCGACUUACAGCCAGAAGGAAAUAGCAAAACCCCGCAGCCUGCUGCGCCAGACAAACGGUUAUCAUAUUUCGGGGUCUACGAUGGUCACGGGGGAGAAAAAGUUGCGCAGUUCGCGGGAGAAAACAUCCACAAGAUUGUCGCAAAACAAGACGCAUUCGCCAAGGGCGACAUCGAACAAGCUCUGAAAGACGGCUUUCUAGCCACAGAUCGAGCUAUUCUAAAUGAUGCCCGGUACGAAGACGAGGUGUCCGGUUGUACCGCCUCGGUCGGCAUCAUAUCGAAAGACAAGAUCUGGGUGGCCAAUGCUGGGGACUCGCGAACUGUACUCGGGGUCAAAGGGAGAGCAAAACCACUGUCUUUCGACCACAAGCCUCAGAACGAAGGCGAGAAGGCUCGUAUAAGUGCCGCAGGUGGUUUCGUCGACUUUGGUCGAGUCAAUGGCAACCUUGCGUUGUCACGUGCCAUCGGAGACUUCGAGUUCAAGAAGAGUGCCGAUCUUUCGCCCGAGCAACAGAUUGUUACAGCCUUCCCUGACGUGAUCACGCAUGAGAUCUCUCCCGACGACGAAUUCUUGGUCAUUGCUUGUGAUGGAAUCUGGGAUUGCCAGUCGUCGCAGGCGGUGGUCGAGUUCGUUCGAAGAGGAAUUGCCGCCAAGCAAGAAUUACAGUCGAUUUGUGAGAACAUGAUGGACAACUGCCUUGCAUCCAACAGUGAGACAGGCGGUGUUGGUUGCGACAACAUGACCAUGAUCGUUAUCGCUCUCCUGAAUGGCAAGACCAAAGAGCAGUGGUAUGAGAUGAUUGGCAAACGAGUAGCAGAUGGUGAUGGUCCUUCUGAAUUCCGUGGACCGGGUGUUCGUCAUCAGUUCGACCACGACAGCCCGGAUGAGUAUGAGCUGGAUUUAGAUCAUCGACCGAGAGGCUUUGGAGGUCGGAGUGGCAGGAUUAUCUUGCUCGGAGACGGAACAGAAGUACUGACGGACUCAGAUGACACGGAAAUGUUCGAUCAGAGCGAAGAAGACAAAGACGCCGCAAACCAGGUUAAGAAGAGCACCCCGGACACGUCAGAUGUCGAAUCUGCUCGAAGCGAGCGAGAGGGUACACCAGCCCCACAGUCAGCCAGUGAUGAGUCGAAAGGAUCAAGUCACCGUGAUGCCUCGCAGGGUAAGAACACAGAAGUCAAAGCCGUGGCAGACGAGACGACGGCGAAGACAGUUGCCUGA